AUGUCUGCAGGUCUUAAUCAAACUACCACAAAGACUGGACAAUCUACGACGUCGUUAGAUCUUUAUCAAACUGCUGCAAUGACAGAAGAAACUACGGCGUCAUCAGGUAUCAUUCAAAUUACCACAAUGACAGGACAAACAACGACGUCACCAAGCCUCAAUAAAACUAACGCAAUGACGGGACAAACUACGACGUCAACAGGUCUUAAUCAAACUACCGCAAUGACGGGACAAACUACUACGGCUUCUGGUCUCAAUCAAACUACCACAAUGUCGGGUCAAUCUACGACGUCAUCAGAUCUUAAUCCAACUACCACAAUGACGGAUCAAACCAAUUCUUCACUAGGUCUUUAUCAAACUACCAUAAUAACGGGGAAAACUACCACGUCACAAGUUCUUAAUCAAACUACACUACUGACUGGACAAACUACGACAUCAUCAAGUCUAAAUCAGACCACAGAAAUGACGGGACAAACUACGACGUCAUCAGGUCGCAAUCAAACUACCACAAUGACGGGACAAACUACGACGUCACCAGGUCGCAAUCAAACUACCACAAUUACGGGACAAACUCCGACCUCACCAGGUCUGAAUCAAACUCCAGCAAUGACGGGACAAACUAGGACGUCAUCAGGUUUCAAUCAAACAACCGCAAUGACUGGACAAACUACGACGACACCAGGUUUAAGUCAACCUACUACAAUGGUCAAUCAAACUACGACGUCAAGCCAACCUCAGACGCAAACGAUGACUUCAAAAACACCGAACAAUCAGCGGGAGAUCAUGAAUGAUAAUACUGACGUCACCGAUGGUCCCAGUGUGACCACCAUGGCUGGAAUUGUAAUAGGGUGCGUACUUGUCCUGCUCAUUUUAGUGAUUGUAGCUGCCGUGAUACGUAAGAAUGUAAGGCAGAUGAAUCGAAUAGGGAGUAACACGGAUUUAAUUGAUCCCGCAGAACUCUACACCCUCUACAAAACACCACCGGAAACUGCCGCAAAGCCUAAGUUUGUGUUUAGAUAA